AUGGCCGGUAUCUUCAAGGCAUACACCUCUCUCCUGGCCAGACGGCCGCUGGCCGCUAAUGUCGGAACGGCAGCUGUCCUUUUCGCGACUGGAGAUGUGAUCGCGCAGCAGCUCGUCGAAAAGCGAGGGAGCAAUCAUGAUCUCGCACGAACGGGCCGGAUAGUCCUCUGGGGUGGUGGACUAUACGCUCCCUUCGUCACCGGAUGGUUCAACGUGCUUCAGCGCGUACAACUCGGGAACAAGUACGCGACCACGGCAGCUAGGGUGGGGUUGGACCAGUUCCUCAUUGCCCCUACUGUGCUGAGCGCCUUCUUCACCGUCAUGACCCUCCUCGAAGGGAAGGACAUGAAUGCCGUCAAGGAGAAGUGGAAUGCGGACUUUGUGCCUACGUUGAAGACCAACUGGACAGUCUGGAUACCGUUCCAAGCUAUCAACCUGGGUAUCAUCCCGCCCCACCUCCGCGUCCUCGCCGUAAACGCAGUCAACGUCCCAUGGAACACCUUCCUCUCCCUCCAAGCCGCCAAGGGCAAGGGCGACGAAGUCGAGGUCAAAGUCGGAGACAAGGUCAAGGUGGACGUCAAGAAGCCGCUGAGCGUCUAG